GGCUGUCCGGCGGGGAGGAGGCGGGGUUGCUCAGUAGGGGGUGGCGAGUGCGGGGGGUCCCAGCAUGGCGAGCUGCCGGCGGUUGAGCGGCUCCUGCCUGCGCGAGGUGCUGGGGGAGGCGCAGGGGGUGCUCUUCGACUGCGACGGCGUCCUCUGGACCGGAGAGCGGGCGGUGCCCGGCGCCCCUGAGCUGCUGGAACGCCUCAGCCGGAACGGGAAGGCCACCCUCUUCGUCUCCAACAACAGCCGCCGUUCCGUGGCCGAGCUGGAGCGCCGCUUUUCCCGCCUGGGCUUCCGGGGGGUCCGAGGCGACCAGGUCUUCAGCUCCGCGCUCUGCUCCGCCCUUUACCUUCGUCGGCGGCUCCUGGGCGGAGAGGCCGGGGCCGGCGACUCCUCGGCCUCCCCGCCGGGCCGUGUCUUUGUGCUGGGCGGGGAAGGGCUACGCGGGGAGCUUCGGGACGCGGGGCUGCCCCUGGCCGGCGACGGCGAGGAGGGCGGAGAAGAGCCGCCGCCCCCGGGCCAGGAGACGCUCCCGGUGCGCGCCGUGGUCGUCGGCUAUGACGACCAGUUCACCUUCGCCAAGCUGUCGGAGGCCUGCGCCUACCUGCGCGACCCGCAGUGCCUGCUGGUGGCCACCGACCCGGACCCUUGGCACCCGCUGAGCAACGGGCAGCGCACCCCGGGGACAGGAAGUCUCACUGCUGCAGUGGAAACAGCAUCAGGGCGGAAGGCAGUAGUAAUUGGGAAGCCAAACACAUACAUGUUCGAGUGCAUUGUGGAGCGCUUUGGUGUGGAUCCAUCCCGCAUGCUCAUGGUUGGUGACCGGCUGGAGACAGACAUCCUGUUUGGCAAGAACUGUGGUCUUGAUACGGUUUUGACCCUGACAGGUGUCUCCAACCUAGAGGAGGCACAGGCAUACAUGGCCAGUGACAGCCCUGCUGCAAAGGACCUGGUGCCUCACUAUUAUGUGGACAGUAUUGCAGACUUGAUACCAGGCCUGGAUGAGUAAGGAGAGAUGUGGGUAGGCAGAGGUCCUAGUCCCAUUCCAGACUGCCACUCUUUCCUACUUCUGUCUCCCUCUGUCCAUGCUUCUUGGGCUCAUCACAUUCCAAUGUUUGGUCAAGAAUGAAAAGAGGGGUGUUAGUUCCUCAUUCAUUCUUGGAGCUCAUUUUUUAAUUUUAGGCAGCUUUAAGGGAACAGGAAUUCUAAUGUGAAAGUACGGGGCAUUUACAGACAAAACCAGUAUUUAUUUAUUAUUUAUGUACUUAUUUCUUCCACCUCUUGGCAUGAUUAGUGACUUUGUUUUACAUUUGCCAAUAAUGGCCUUUUUACUGUUCUUGUCUGCUUUAUUUUGAAGCACCGUGGUGUGCUUGUAGUGAUGUUUGAUCAUAAGCUUAAAUGAAGCAACAGUUGUAUCAGUGUUUUUGUCUUUCAUCUACAUCCAUUGUCACUUGAUGUUAUUAUUGGGGGUUCUUUCCUAGAGCUGUUGAUGGAGAAAGGGGGAGUGUCAGAGAUCAGUUUAAAAAUGGCAUCUUGUCCCCACAAAAUGGCACUUUGGGUAGUUCUUGUAGGUGUGUAUAUUGAUCCGUGUUUAUAAGGAACAGCAUAGCUUGCUCAGAAAUGAUAUGAGCUGAGGCUCUCUUUUUGAUGCAAACUGCCUAGAUGGCCACUGCUGUCACUGUUUGGCAUUUUCAUUCACAGCAAUUAUUCCAACACACUGUGUUGUGCAUGAAAAUUUGUCAGUUGGCUCAGUCAGAAGAAACGUAGACUGGUACAUCUGGAAUAUAUACUAUACUAACUGUGAAUUAAAUAUGAAGGAUUUUUUUCUGUCUUGAGAGAUUUCUCAGGUAACAGUAUUUUCAUAAUUCUGUUUUAAUUUUGGUAUGGGCUUGCUACUGCACCAAUGAAAUAAAUUGCAUAGAAGAACCAUUUUUGUGCCAUAAUGUUCUGAAUGGGCCGUCACUUCUUUAUCCUCAUAGCAAUCUUGUUUCAGACAUAUUCCUACAUAUAUAAAGACAGGAACACACUGUGGGUUUUCUCCUGUCUAUGGCUGGGUGAAAUAAUGAAACAAGUCUGUAAACUGUGGAUGCACUAUUGCCUGUGGGGAGGAAUGGAUAUUUCCCUCCCCCCAGUCCGCUGUGGUGUAUUUGGGAUAAUGUUGGCAUAUCCAGUAUUGUCAGCGUGCCUCAGCAUCCCAAAAUCCAUCCUUGCUGCUUGUCUUUUUAUGUUUACUUAUUUAUUAAAGUGUUUGUAUAAAUUAUGCUGAUCAGUUGUGCCAAAGUGGGUAUGUAGCCUCUGGGCCCACUCACUACCUGUACCUCCAUGUUGUAGUUUUCUGACUUUCACUAUCAUUCUGCAUACAAUAAAGUGCAGAUGCAAGAUGGAA